CAACCCACUCCUUUAAAUCAGUUUGUCCUUUCCAAAUCUUUUUCAUCCACAAAUUCUUUAACGCACCUUAUAUCCUUUCACCUCCUACUACAGCUAGCUCACAUUCCUUCGCACAUAUAUAACCAAAGCAUUCUUGUUUUGGGAAGCCAUAUAAGGUCUCCUUCCUCAUUUAGCACUCUCAAUAUUGGACUUAAAUCAAUAGCAAAUUGCCAGAUUUUGAAGCACGAUUGUCUGGAAACCUCAGAAGGAUGAAAGGGAAGAAGGGUAGUAUCGAAAUCAACAUUCCUUCGGCUACUAAAAGUAAUAACCACCUGGUAAGCGGGAAGGAGUUCGGGAAUGAUGAUGGGUUCUCAUGCAAAGCAUGGUUGUGGAGGGUCUGGGAAUUUUGCAAGGAAGAUAGCAACAGAGUGAUAUUUGCUCUCAAAGUUGGGCUAGCUGUUCUGCUAGUGUCCUUGCUGAUAUUGUUCCGUGCGCCCUAUGAAAUUUUCGGCACCAACAUUAUUUGGUCGAUCCUCACCGUUGCCAUCAUGUUUGAAUAUACAGUUGGUGCUACUUUCAACCGAGGAUUCAACCGGGCGCUCGGCAGCUUGCUUGCAGGGAUCCUGGCCAUUCUGGUUACUCAGCUCGCUUUAUGCACUGGCCGGAUUGCUGAACCUUUUAUAAUUGGCAUUAGCAUUUUCUUCGUUGGAACUGUUACAUCGUUCAUGAAACUGUGGCCCUCGCUCGUUCCGUAUGAGUAUGGAUUCAGGGUCAUACUCUUCACCUUCUGCUUGAUAAUAGUAUCCGGUUAUAGAAUGGGAACCCCGAUAAAGACGGCGAUGGAUAGGCUCUACUCAAUUGCGAUUGGAGGGUUCGUGGCUGUCAUAGUGAAUGUGCUUGUUCAUCCUAUCUGGGCCGGAGAGCAGCUGCACAGGGAACUGGUCAAGAGCUUCGACUCGGUUGCUGACUCGCUAGAAGAGUGCGUGAAGAAAUAUUUGGAAGACGACGAUACAGUCCAUCCAGAGUUUUCCAAGACAAUCAUGGACGAAUUUCCUGAUGAGCCUGCUUACCGGAAAUGCCGUGCAACAUUGAACUCCUCGGCGAAGCUUGAUUCUUUGGCGGUUUCAGCGAAAUGGGAGCCACCUCAUGGAAGAUUCCGACACUUCUUCUACCCGUGGUCAGAGUAUGUAAAAGUUGGGGCAGUCUUGAGAUACUGCGCUUACGAGGUCAUGGCUCUUCAUGGUGUCCUGCACUCAGAGAUUCAGGCUCCACACAAACUCCGGAUUGCCUUCCGCUCGGAGAUUCAUGAUGUUUCGAGUCAAGCAGCCGAGCUGGUGAGGAUCUUGGGGAAGGACAUUAGUAGCAUGAGGCGAACGCUCAAGACCUCUCGGCUUAAAAGAGUUCACUUCUCCACCGAGAAGCUGCAAGGCGCCAUAGACCUGCAUUCUUAUCUCCUCACAGCCCACAUUGGCACGCCCGAAAACUCAUCCAUCAGCAGGCCGCUCAAUCCAAAGCCCGACGAAAACUCUGGCGAGCAAAACUCGGGGCCUAUUGUGCAGCCCGAGACAUACCACGAGAUGAUGAGGAAGCAGUCGAGGAGGCUUUAUUCAUGGCCAUCAAGGGAAGUUGAUGCGUUUGAAGAAGAGGGGGCAUUGAACAUGGAUUUUCUGCCAAUAAUGAAUAAACUCGAGAGCACCGCUUCGCUUUCCCUCGCAACGUUCACUUCGCUGCUCAUCGAGUUCGUGGUUAGGUUGGAUCAUUUGGUCGAAGCAGUCGAAGAGCUCUCUAAGUUGGCCAAGUUCAAGUCCGAGGCCCUGUAAUUGUGAGAGACUGAAACGACUUACUAAACUGAUGUUCACUUCACAUGAUACUGAGAAAGGAUGGGGUAUAGAUGAAGGAAGUUUCUUGUAAACCAGAACAACGAGGCUUCAUGACCAUAAUACAUAUAUGAUUAUGUAAUAUCAAAGUACAAGGGCCAAUGGAUGGAACAAGUUUCUAAUU